AUGAUCGCAGAUAAGAGCUCUUCUUCAAAAGACAAGACAGAACAUGUCUCCCUCUUCUCAACCCAACCUCCCAUCUUCAUUUUGCCAAUGCAUCUCUCCCUAGAGGAGCUGGACGAGAUUGAAGGCCGAUUGAUAGAUUAUGGCGGAAGACUUACCUAUGAUAUUGCCGAAGCUGGUCUCGUUUUGGGAAAAGUCGGGCGCGUGAAGCGUGCAGCGCUGGAACUGCGCACCCGCGGUGUCUGGACAGAGGAGCUCAUACCCAGCUCAACUCCAAAAUCAAUUGGCGGUGGCGGCGAGCCCCCUCUCAAGCGCAGGCGCACAGAUCAGUACGACGGAAUCAAUGAUGUCCCGGUUGAGAUUAUCGAUCUCAGUACCGAGUCUGAAGGCGAGGAUGGAGCUACGAAUCAACAUGAUCCAUCAAAGCAGCAGAUCGCAGAGAAAAAGGCAGAAGCAAUUGAAAAUUCAAUCACAGUACUGAAGCUCGAGUGGCUGGAUACCUCUAUCACAUCCGGCAGAUGUGUUUCCCAAGACCCAUUCGUUGUCUACCGUGGGCGAAAGAUCCCUUCUCCCCCAACGACAGUGUCAGAAAAUAAGCAAGACUUACUUAAACAGAAAUCAAAUCAAAUAAUCCAGCGUGCAAAGGAAGAUGCUGGUGUACCAACGCCACGAGCUCCUCCUCCGGACCACAUUCAUGCACGGCGCUCAAAAGAACCCCCUGACAGAUCUUCCCAGCACCCCCGACCGACGCUAUACCGAAAGACAACCUCGGAACAUGAAAUGGAUGAAUCUAACGCACCCUCACAACCAGACUGGGUCCGUGACCAAGUCAUAUUCGCAUGCCUGCGCUCAGCACCCUUACACCCUCCAAACGAAGAUUUUAUCUUGCAACUCGUGAAAAUAAGACGUAUUCGCGAACUCACCAUCGACAAGAUCGGCGUGCGCGCAUAUAGUACCGCCAUCGCAGCAUUGGCAGCAUACCCAUAUCCCAUCCAACGGCCGAGCGAGAUCCUCGCUUUACCCGGGUGCAACGCCAAGAUUGCGGACUUGUUCGCGCAGUUCCAACAACAUGGUGGCUGCGAGCAUACCGACGACGACGGGAACGUUGCCGCUGCCGACUCGCUGGAGAAAGAUCCUAUUCUCCGGGUUCUGAACUCGUUCUUUCAGAUAUGGGGUGUUGGGGCUAAGACAGCACGCGAGUUUUACCAGCGUGGGUGGCGCGACCUCGAUGAUAUUGUCGAGCAUGGGUGGGAUACGCUCUCGCGUGUACAGCAGAUUGGAGUGAAAUUCUACGAGGAGUUCCAGGAAGGUAUUCCCCGUGCUGAGAGCGAGGGUAUUGCUACUGUGAUUCAGGAUCAUGCUGCUCGGGUUCGGGCGGAAGAUGCAAAUGGAAUUGAGUGUGUGAUUGUUGGCGGAUACCGGCGUGGGAAGCAAGUUAGUGGUGAUGUUGAUGUUAUCUUGAGUCAUCGUGAUGAUGCGGUGACUCGGAAUCUGAUUGUUGAUCUUGUUGCGAGUCUUGAAGCUGAACGAUAUAUCACUCAUACGCUCUCGUUGCAUUUGACUUCUUCGCUGCGCGAGCAACAGACGUUGCCUUUUCAUGGUGAUGAUACAAGGAAAUUCGAUACUUUGGACAAGGCACUGGUUGUCUGGCAAGACCCACACUUCGAUGCUACAGCUGUUGAACAUAAUGACCGUCAGGUGAAAAAUCCAAACAUCCAUCGUCGUGUCGAUAUCAUUAUAUCGCCUUGGCGCACGGUCGGUUGCGCGAUACUCGGCUGGUCUGGUGAUCUGACUUUUCAGCGAGAUCUACGGCGGUAUGCGAAGAAAGCACGCUUCUUGAAGUUCGAUUCGAGUGGUGUGAGAGACCGAGGUACUGGAAGACAAGUUGACCUCGAAGAAGAUGGAGAGACAUGGGAGGAGAGGGAGAAACUUGUGAUGGAGGGACUGGGAAUAGGCUGGAGACCACCAGAAGAACGCUGCUCGAGAUAG